AUGGGACGUCGGAAAUCCAAUUAUUUGCCGCUCAAAAAAUCAAAGCAAGAAUCUGAAACGGGAAGUAAGAAAUAUGACAACAGAGAAAGCAGCCAGAUUCAAGCAAUAAAAACUUAUGAGGACCUGGAAGGAGACGCUGAAGAUGAAUUCAUGAAAGAGCGAGAUAAAGUCUUACUCGAAGACGAUCUUUAUGCUGACGAUCUGGAUGGCAAGUUAACCAAUUUAUUUUAUGGGAUUAGGAUGCAAUUGAGGAUCAACAGAAUGAGUGAAGAAGAUUUCAUAGAUGAUAUAUGGACAACUGACGUCAGCGAUCAUUCUCAAGUAGUUCGCACUUUCGCUGAUCUUGUACAGAAUUCAUCAAAUAGUACUGCUCGUCUUGCUGAAGAAGACAAGAUGAGCACAUCGAUGGAUAUUCAUAGUUCGAAACAUAAUGACGCCGAACUUCUUCCGGAAACAACAAAGCGCGCGAUUAAUUAUCAAAUAAUGAAGAACAAAGGAUUAACACCAGCUCGUAAAAAGGAACAGAGAAAUCCGCGAGUGAAACAUCGCAAGAAGUUCGAAAGAGCAAAGAAAAGAAUUAAAAGUAUAAAACGAGUAGUCGCUCCAAAAGUUGGUCCGUAUGCCGGGGAACUGACUGGCAUCAAAACGAAUUUGUCGAGGAGUAUCAAGUUCAAGUGA